ACAACAGAAACAAAAAUCAGACACAUUUCCCAGAAGAAAAAAAACACGAACAAACAAAGACGAAGCAGAGUUUGGGCUGCGUAAAACAACCUCCAUCGCACUUGUGUAACUUCAGACGCAACCAGUGCUCUUCUCACUGGUUCUGCUGGGAGAACGCGGAGUGCCACAGGUGGAUCUUAUUGGUCAGCCGAAGCUUCUGCGCUGUCCAUAAAAACGCACCGCAGGAGCUCCGGAGCAGGAGACCGAGCGUCAGGGCGCAGAGCAGCCGCGUCACGGAGCUCUCAUCGCGGCCGUGUGUCCAGAGGAAACACCUGUCACCGCAGGACUGCACGCAGAGGAGCGCAAUAAUAAUAAUAGUAAUAAUAAUAAUAAUAAAAAAGGACGCCACGCUCUGAGACAAGCUUAGGGCUCCUGAGUGAAACCUGCUCCCCUGCUUCUGCCACUGUCUGGUGGGAAAAUGUGGGUUCUGGAUAAGAUCCGAGGUUCGGUGGAGACCAGUGUGCUGAGACAAGGAGACAACGGCGACAGAAAGGCUGCCGCUGCACCGUACAGCAACGUGCUCACUCCCGACAAGAUCCCAGACUUCUUCAUCCCCCCAAAGCUGGUCAGCUGCCCUCCAGAGCCCGAGGUGCCGAGCAUCAAGCCCAAAGAGGGGCUGCAGCCGUCCACUUCUGAGCAAACCAUCAGCAGCAACAGGAAGAUCAGCAGUCCGAGGAGCCCUCGCCUGGUGGCCAAGAUCGCAGGAGAUACAAAGAACCUGCUGAGAGCAGCGAACCGCCACAUCAUCCAGAUAGAGAGUGCGGAUGACGUCGUGGCUGGGGACACCAAUGCAGACCCCCAGUCGCAGACGGCGAUGUCUCUGCCAUACGUUCCCAAGACUCAGACAUCUUAUGGCUUCGCGACCCUGAAGGAGAGCCCCCACACUCGACGCAAAGAGUCCCUGUUCCACUGUGAGCUGACCAGUCCCAUCACUUCUCCAAACACCCAGAGGAGGACUCCAGGGAAGGGCAGUGAGACAGGGAACCAUCUGACCCCCGCCGACUGCAACACCUCCCACAUGAACCCCUACCGGUACUUCAGUGGUGGAGAAAGUGACACCUGCUCUUCCGCCGAGUCCUCUCCCUUCAGCUCUCCGUUGCUGUCCCGCUCCGCAUCCCUCCUCAAGAUCUUCACGCACGAGACGCAGGCCAAAGUGGUGAAAGCCAAGCGGACGCUGGCUCGCCACAGCUCCCUGUCAACAGACGAGUGCAGCUCGGCCGAGCCCAGCCCCAACAUCCAGCGGCGGCUCCGCGUCCCGUCCCUUCACGGCGCCGGAGGAGCGUCCGACCACGGCCUCCAGCGGGAGCACACCAUCAACCUGCACAAGGGCGGCACGGUGAGGAUCAGCGCCAACUACGACUCCGGCACAUCGCGCCUGCUCAUCCGAGUCCUGGUGGCUGAGAGUCUGUACGACAAGCACGUCGACAUCAAAAGCAUCAACUGCUGCGUGUCUGUGUACCUGAACCCAGGCAAGCUGCAGAAGCAGAGGAGCAACAUCAUCAAGAACAGCCGCAACCCCGUCUUCAAUGAGGACUUCUUCUUUGACUCCAUCAGCCCUGUUCAGGUGAAGAACCUUUCUGUGAAGUUCAAGGUGGUGAACAAAGGCACCAGCCUGAAGAGGGACAUGCUGCUGGGAGAGAGGGAGGUACCACUAGCAAAGUUGCUCUCAGGACUCUAAAACCACAGCAGAUGGAGCUUAAAUUGGUAACUUGGGAUUUUCAAAAAGCAGUUCUGAUAAAAGUUUACAAGCAAGCCUCUGACCUACUGUAGAUGACUCUUUAGGCAUCUUGCAUUAGUUUAGAUCCAGAUCAGUCAGUCAUCAUGGCUGAAGCUCUUGCUAGUCUGAAAUUAGCGACCAAAGUGGAUUUCUACAGUCUUGAAACAAUUCAGAUCCCAAAAACAACACUGGUUUAUGAAAACUUGACUUUAAUUAGAGUCAUCUGUGAUUUCUUACAUUUCACACAGGAAUUGGAGGCAGGGUAUCUGCAAUCAUCUUCCUGUGUGAAACAUAAGAAGAGAAAAGUUCCUUAAUUCCUUGUUUCUCCAUCACGUUGAAGCUCUGAGGUUCUGGUUCAGUUUUGUGUGGGUCCACUCCUGACAUGGUUCUGUCAAAGCUGCUUCUCACCUGAAACAUGCUUAGCCCUGGCUAGACCAGCUGUUAGCUUCAGGCUCUGGGACCAACAAACUUGGGUUUAUAAUUAAUAAAGAUGCCAAGAGUUAUUCAUUGCAGGUAAGCUAUUAGCUGCUUGUAACCUUUCCACAGAACCUCUUCUGACUGAAGCUGUACUUUGGUGUUUGCACUGUUUUCUCCAUCACUCACUGACUUUAAGGGGGAAGAAUCUAUAAAGAAGAAAGGUUUUCAACAUAAGCUCAGAGAACGACCUCCCUGGUGUACACAAAUGGAGGAUUUAACUCACUUCUUCUCCUAAAAAUGGAUUCUCAUCGAACCAAACUGAACCCAACAGCACCAGACGAAUGUGGCAGAUGAAAGCUCUCCAUUCUGAGCACGUCUCCCGGCCGAAUGUCCCGAGCCAGGCACUCCCGGCUCAAAGGUUGGAUGGCACCUGUGCGUCAGGCUGUCUCCUGUCCUCCCGCGCCAACGUCCUCGCUGUGGUUUUAUUAUUGUAAUGUGACUGAAAUCCGCGGCAGCGCAGGAUUUUUACAUCGCCUCCACCAUCUGCCGGCACAGAGAUGCUUUUGUGAACGAGUGCACGCUUUGAAGUGGCCCUGGAUCCUGAUGUGCAAAUGAUCCUUUGAUCUGCAAGGGUGAAGGCAAGGAGCGAAGAGAGCGCCCACAUUUACAUGCACAUCAAAAAUGGAAUUACAAUAUGAUUGAUUAAGCAAAGGACUGCAAUGAUCUGAUUAAACUUGAUUAAAACACUCAAAAUGAGAAAUGUUACACAACAACCAAUACCUGCUUCCUCAUCAGUACCGCACCGUCUCAGUUUUGCUUUCACGGACCAGAUCCACCCAAGGUUAAAGCAUCAAAAUCAGACCUGUUUUCAAACACGUUGCAUUUAUACGGUGAUUUAUGUAGCAUCCUGUUACUGCGCUCGGUUUCUGCUUCAAAUUUCAUCCAUUAGCUGUCAGCUUGAGUACAAAUGUUUGGGGCUCUAUAUAUCUCGCUCAGAAAUAUUAAAAUCCAUCACCUCUACAUACCUACUUUGACCAGUAUCAAUAUAUAACUAAAUUAGAGCUUCCUGUAACCUUUCGCCACAUCUACUGUAGUUUGACUUUUUGUGAAUAUUUUUAAAUAUGCUUAUUGGAAAUGAUCCAUUUCCAAGAACAAUUGAGAACAUACUUUAGGAGGAAAAUUUUCAGCUGUCUUCUUUAAAACCCUCGCUUCAGAAUAAUUAGUUUUUUCUCCAAAACUGAUUAUGCUUGUAUAGAGGACUGCUCUAUACAAGCAUACAGGAAUCUAUUUAGAGAUUCCUGUUCAAAAUCACUAAAUAGUUCUUGCUUUGGAGGCUCUCAAUAAAGUUUUAUUAGACUAUAUUUUGACAAACUGAAAAUUCACUAUGUCAAAAGAUAUGAAAAUGCUGGGACCCGUAAUUCUAAAUCAAUCAAUGCAAGAUUAUUUCAUAAGUGUGCAGUUAUCUUAUUUAUUUGAUUUUCAACAUUGUGAAUAAACUGUCUUAUUUUUUUUUCUACAGUUAAAUAUUGUAAUUACAGAACUGUUUUAAACAAUAGUUUCCUACAUGAAUGCACAUUAACCCUAAGAAAGCAAGUGAUGCAAAAAAAAUAAAAUAAAAAAAUACUAAUAAUAAUACACAACCACACAUUUCUUGUGGGUCAGGAGACAUUUUUGAUAUUAAGGGUUGGCAAUACAAAAAAAAAACUGUCUCAGUUUUACUGAAGUUGCCUGUAAACGUAAAAAUGCUCUGAGUGAAACUUAGGAGAGGAUUUAUGCUCAAUAACAUCCCUGAACAAAUGUGUCCCAUUGUUUGAAAUAUUGCAAUCUUGUAUUAAGAACAGGUGACAUAUUUGACCCUAAAACAUUUUAUUCUUAUUUAAAAGGUAAACAAAACCACUCAGGUAAAGUCAGCGCUGAUAUCACUCAGUUUAAAGUUUAAAGGAAGAGGGGAAACAUGUCAAACUGAUGCAUUUGUGCGAGAGCAUAAAACAGCAACAGGUUGGAGGAUUUCACUUGAGUUAAACUCCGUCCUGCAACUCCAAUGGUCUACUCAAACCCAGCAUUAGAUUAGAAACAGACUUUAUUCAGAUUCAAACAGCUUCUGGAAAUCUCCAAGGGGGAAACAAACAAACAAACAAACAAACAAACAAACAAACAAACAAAAAAACCCCAGAACGGUUGGACGGAUUUUAUAUUAGUGUUUGCAGUAAUAAAGGUAACAUAUAUACCUGUUUGAUGAAGCCUGUUUGACUUCCUGAUUGAUUUUCCAGCUGCAGCUGCCUAGUGUGGGCAACAUGAUCAACUCUUGUGCAACCAAGCAACAGGCACUCACUAAAUUGGUACAUGCCCAUCAUCAAUCUGAUACCUUACUAAUAAGCUCUUACAUCAGUUUAAAAGCCCUUAAAUGCUCAAUUUCUCUCCACUUUAAUCAAACUUAUUAAAUGAACACACGUCCGGUGAAAUUUUAAGCCCAUUUAGAGUGACGUUGGUGGCAGAAGGACAAAGGACAAGCUCAUUAAACUCAUUAAACCCUGUAAAUUCUUGAUUUAAAAAAAAAAAUUUUAAAGUCAGUCGUCGACGUAUGCAACCGGUCUUUAGCCGUAGUGCCUCUGUAUUAGCGGUGUGCAUGUAAAUGUGUUACUUUUUUAAAUACGUGAGAUUAGAGCGUCAGUGCGUACCAGCAGCAUGGCGUCAACACGUCACCGGUGUUUGCAUGACUUGUUCAAAGUUUUCUGAAACCCUAAAGCCUUACUGUGUGUGUGAGAGAGACGGUGAGAAUGACCGAGCCGCGUGAUUUUAUCCAGAGUUGUUCACUUUCUCUGUAUGAAGUGGGGUAUUUUUUAUUUUUAUUUAUUUUUUUAUUUUUGGUAAAAUGCCUUUGAAACUUGCCGUACGCUGGACUCGCUCUGUGUUUAUCUACUCGCUUGUAAACAGGACUUACGUUUUUGUCGAGCGACUUGACGAUGCGCCGGCGAGCGCGCGCCGACGCGUUCUCAGCUUUAACGAGAGAGAAAACGUCACGGAAACGUCACGGAAAGCACCGAGACUCUGCGCUCCGAGUUGAGAGAGGAGAGAGAGGAAAAGAGGAGAGAGAAAGAAAGGAGAGAGAGAAAGAGAGGAGAGAGGAGAAGAGAGGAGAGAAAGAAAGAGAGGAGAGAGGAGAAGAGAGGAGAGAGAAAAAAAGAGGAGAGAGAGUGACGCUUUUCCCACCUGCGGCUGCCCCGUUGAUGUGCUCCGUGUCGUCUCCCUGUCGGCCGUCCUCUGAAGGACUGGAUUUGGUGACGUGCUGUCAUCUCUGCUGCCUUCUUGCCGUCGAGCUGCUUCCUGGUCUUUGCUUGCUACUUUGGAUUCAAGCUCCCGGUAAAAACCCAAACUGUGUCUCUGAGGUGUCUUCUGGCAUGGCUGAACUUCCUCGGAUGUGGCUCAAUUUUAGCACUUCUUUAAAAUAAAAUGAAAUAAAAUGAAAUCGUGCUUUUGUAUAUCGAGGUAAAACUUUGCUUCUGUCACAAAGAGUGAUUCCUAUAGUGAUGCACAUGGUAGCUGUGAUUUGCUGACUGUUUGAUGGAGUGUUUCUUUUAAAGCUGUACAGUAGUGCUCUGCCACUUUUUAGUCCCUGAUUUCUGAACCAGUGUUGGUGGCCCAUUGUACCUGAAGACUACUGUACAACAUGGAGGCUUUGAGUCAGUGAUAAAGUUGUGAAGGGUGGUGUUGAAAUAAACCUGAAGAACCACAUGUUAGUUCUCCACUCAGUUGAACUCUGCAGAGUUCACAGCUCUUCUGUCUGAGUCCCUUCUUCAACUUUAUUCCCUUUUUUUAAUUAUUUGGUGUUGUUUGGUUUGCAUAUUCUGCUUAUUUUAAGCACAAAAGAAUUUUGAGUUAAGGGAACUGGAAAACAUUUAUCUGCUUUAAACUCAAAGCUGAAUCUACAGAGGAAUUAUCAGCAUUAACUUUCCUUAGUGGCCACCCUGCUGCUGUGGUUCAAAUCUGUCCAUUUGACAAAUUUCUAAUUUAGAUAAAGGGCAAAGAGGCUCUGCUGAUGGCAAUUUAAAUAAGAAACCAUCAAUAUCCGUGUAUGUGUGUUAUACUGACGGUGACUUUGUUUCCUUUUGGCUUGUUGACAUUUUGUUUUCAAUGAAAAUGUAAAUGUGGUGAUGUGUUUUUUCCCCCCCUCCUGUCUCGAGACGUUUGCUCUGACAGAUGAAGCUGAAAAAGUGCCAAUCCGAUACUUGACUCUUGAUCGUUAACUUUUCUUUAAACGUAGACGAGUUGUGUAGAAGUUAAUGUUGUGUUUCUGAUCUGUGUGGUUAAUUAUGUUCACACUGUGAUGUUACGACAACUGACAGCUGUUCUCUCUCUGUGUGUGUUAAUGGGUUGGAGAUACUUUCAAUAAAACGUCGCUGCAAUCA